GAACAUAUUUUAGCAAACAAUUCUUCAUGUAAAAAUGAUUGAUCUAGUCAUAGAUUUUACUGUGCACGCACAGGUACAUACACAAAUACGCCUCAUGCACUCUCAUUCAAACAACUGCAAGUGGCAUCAGAUCCUCAACUCAUAUGUAAACUUAGCCAUUGAUGAUUUUAAAAUAGGAAUUUAUUAGAGAACAGUCAACACAGAAACCGCACUAUUAAAACAUAGUAAUUUGUUUUGCAUGUUUUAGGGGACAGUAAGUAAAUAAACUGUAAUUAAAAGAAAUUUCAAAAGGUGACGGCUGAAUUCAAAGUGAAGAAACAAAAUGGGGUAAAGUAAAGGUGCAAAACAUAAUAACCGCACCUGGAUUGUUAUUGAACUCUAUGAUAGUUCCCUCCCACGGACACUAGGGCUAAAUUGGAUGAAACAAAGUACAAGGAACGAAUAAUUAUUUAGCUAAAUUACUUUUAUGAGGUGCUGCCACCUUGAGGUAAUAGCGAAUACUGCCUCUCUUAGGUCACGUUCUAUAUAGCACUUUUGACGUUUACUUGGGGCGGUGCCUUCUUGCGUCGAGGCGUCUUGCAGAGUGGAUGACUUAGCUGGCUGACGUCACUCCCGGAUGCGAGAAGUAAGAACCGGAAGUUUGGGAAAGGGACCGGGAUGGAGGAGGAAGAAAGGGAGGUGGUGAGAGUCCGCGUUCGGAAGUAUGAGGGUAUCUUGCAACCUGAAUCUCGCUCUUUUGCUGUGGAUCCUCAGAUCACAUCUCUAGAUGUUCUGCAGCACAUCUUAAUCCGGGCCUUUGAUCUCAAUGGGAAGAAUUUUGGGAUAAGUUACAUGGGCCAUGAUAAACAGGGUCACGAGAUCUACCUGUCUCUAAUGUCUGAAUGGGACCUGGGCACUGCUUUUGCAAAUGCGUCAAAGCCUUAUCUGCAGCUGAAACUGGAUAUCAAACCUUCUGAGGACAGUCCUCUGCUUGAAGACUGGGACAUCAUUAGCCCAAAGGAUGUCAUUGGUACAGACCUGUUCCUGGUGGAUAAGCGAGCACUCGCAUCUGCUCUACCAUUUACUCAGACCAUCUUAACCCAGGUUGGUCGCACUUUGUCCAGGGUGCAGCAGGCCUUGAGCUGGACAUAUGGAGAGGAUGUCAAACCAUUUAAGCCUCCACUGAAUGAUGUUGAAUUCCACACUUACCUAAACCAUGAAGGGCAAUUGACCCGCCCGGAGGAACUUCGUCUUCGCAUUUACCAUGGUGGUGUGGAACCCUCUUUGCGAAAGGUGGUCUGGCGAUACCUGCUAAAUGUUUACCCAGAUGGUCUCAGUGGGCAGGAGCGCAUGAACUACAUGAAAUAUAAAACACGGGAGUAUUUUCAGUUGAAAAGUGAGUGGAGGGAGCGAUGCUCUCAUGAAGAUUUGGAGUUUAUUCAGGGAAAUGUAUUGAAGGAUGUUUUGCGCACAGACAGAGCGCACCCCUAUUAUGCAGGCUCAGAAGACAGCCCGCAUCUGAUAGCUCUACAUGAUUUGCUCACCACAUAUGCAGUUACUCAUCCACAAGUAUCUUACUGCCAGGGUAUGAGUGAUAUUGCUUCCCCAAUAUUGGCUGUAAUGGACAAUGAAGCUCAUGCAUUUAUUUGCUUUUGUGGCAUCAUGAAGAGGCUGGAAGGAAAUUUUCGAAUGGAUGGGGAGUGCAUGUCUGUCAAGUUCUCACACCUCAAACUCCUGUUGCGUUACUCUGAUCCUGAUUUCAGUGCGUACUUGGUGUCCCGUGGAGCCGAUGAUCUUCUCUUUUGCUAUCGCUGGCUGCUUCUGGAGCUAAAGAGGGAAUUUGCUUUUGAUGAUGCAUUAAGAAUGCUUGAAGUAAUGUGGAGCUCACUGCCUCCAGAUCCUCCUGAGAAGGAAGUAGAGUUAGUAGGGUCACCUUGUACCCCAGGGGAUAGUUGGAAAAAUACAAGGAGGCGACACAUGAUGCGGCCAGAACGUGGUCUGAGCCCAGAAGGAGAAGAGUCAGAUGAAGGAAGAGGAGAUAUAGAAAACAGGGCAUCAAUGAUUGCAAAUCAAGAUCCUUCGCCACAGCAGGAACCAUCCGCUCCAAGCUUUCCCCUGUUAAAGCAGGCUAGCUUUGGGGAGUUUAAGAGUUAUGGGUCUAAAGCAGAGGAAGUCAGUAUGGAGAAAGGUGACCUACCCAUGCAUGCACCUUCCCAAGUCAGGCAGCCCACUGAGGAGGAAGAUGAAGAGGAAGACUUAUGGGAAAAAGAGCCUCUCAUCAAACCUCUAGACUCAUUAAGUGUUACAAAAUCAGCCUCUGCACCUUCUUUGUGCUCCUACACUCCUACUUCCCAAAGUCCACCAUCCUCUAGGCCCGGGGACCAAGAACCACCAUCCUCUGAAGCAGAGGAGAAAGAGGAUACUGAAGCAGAUAACCCACUUCCUGCCACUCCUUCCCCAGCUCCCAUCAGCUUGCCCCCUCCACAGGAGUUUGGACGUGGUAAUCCAUUUAUGCUGUUCCUUUGUCUUUCCAUUCUCUUAGAGCAUCGUGAGCACAUCAUGAAACAGAACAUGGGCUAUGAUGAGCUUGCAAUGCACUUCAACCGGCUCGUAAGGAGACACAACCUCAAACGUGUUCUGCUACGUGCCAAGGCUUUGUUUGCUGACUAUUUGCAAUCCAAAGUAUGGGACUCUGAGGAGGGAGAUGAGGCGGCAGCAGAUUCCCCAUCAUCCUCAUGACCUUUAAUUUGCCUUUUACAUUUUCUUUUGGAUCAAGGCAUUCAGUGGACACUCUGGACAAUGACCAAUUAUUAUAAACGAACAUUUUGAGUUGGACUGGGUAAAUUUACAAACUUUUUAUGGGGAUCUACAACUUUCAUUUUAGAAACCAGUAGAGAACAGUUCUCCCUACAAAAAAAAAUAAAAAUUCAACUAUGUUAAUUCUCUUCUGGUCAACAAUGAAUUAAAUAUUUGGGUUUCCAAUUCAAAGUUUUCAAGAACUGCAAGUUGACUAAAAUGUAAGAUUGAUGGUGCUUGAAGGAGUAAAUCUGGCCUUUUUAGCCCUAGUGGGCAGAAGCACUUCUGGGUUAAACUGGGCCUUUAAGGAAUCUGGUACAUAAUGGUUAAACAGCAUAAGAAAAUCUCCUUGCCUUGGCAGAUGGGCAGCUCUGUUUGGUCAAGCAGUGAUCUCUACAUCUCGGGAGAAUAGAUCGCCUAUUCCAAUUCCCACGUUUGCUGGAUAGACCAGAGAUCCUUAGCCCCCAAGCUCAGGAAGAUGUUUUUGUACUAUAAAGUUAAUAUGCACAUCACACACAGUAUUGACCAAUCACGUUGGCUCUUGUUAAGCUGCUGAAUUUUAUUUUAUUUUUAUUUUUUUUGGUUUAAGCACACUUAAUAUAUAACGCUGCUGGUUUUAUGAUUUACAUUGAGACCAAAACAUUAGUUAUACGGUUAUUGUUAUCGGUGGAUUUAUAUUAGGUAUGCCAGGGAUUGUUUUGUCAAUUUUAUUUGAACCUGAGCCAGACAGAUUUUUUUGUUUUUUAUAGGAUGGAUACAUAAUAUAAUCCAAACAAGGAGUUUGAAGUAACAUUUUAGAUAUCCUGGCUCUCAUAAUUAGAUUGCAAGCAGUGGGAAGAUAGAAAUGAAACCACUUUGAUGUUUCAUUUGGUUAGUCAACUAGGGUUUACAAAUGUUUGUGUGCUAUUCAUGGUUUAAUCAUUAGAUGGCAGCAGUGAUCCAUAAACGUAUCAAAUAAAUUUUCCCGGGAAAAUGCUUUUUAGAGCAGUCACUUCGUAUAGGCUAUUGCCCUUAGUUUAGCCUGGGCUGGCAUUAUGAAUUGUUGGGUUUUUGGUAUAUAUAUAUAUGAUGAUACCUUAAGUCAGUCUCUUAUUUCUGUGAAAUAAGAGACUGACUUAAGGUAUCAUCAUAAGAAAUAUGUAUAGUAAAUAUAAUCAUACAUAGAAAGAAAAGAUUUGCGCUAGUACAAACUUAAAAUACCAGGCUUUAAUUAAUCCCCUAUUCUGUAAACCAGUGCUUGACGAAUAUGUUCUAAAAUUAGGAGCCAGUAAGAAUAUUUGGCAUAUUUUUUAGGAGCCAGACAGUUGGAUUUGUAUAUAGACAUAUGGAGAAUAACCCAAAAAGUUAGGAGCCAGGGGUAAAAUUCUAGGAGCCAGUGGCUCCCAGGCUCCUGGGUUUGUCGAGCCCUGCUGUAAACCAUGCAGGACCUUUGUGUCUUAUUAUUCAGCUGCUCCAGCCUUCCAUUCCAUUUUUGAUGGUAAAUCCGUUGUGCCUUUUUUAUUUUUUAUUUAAUUGUUUUUGGUUUGCUGAAGUUUUUAAAAUAUUUGUGAUGUUUUCAUUGUGUUAUACAGCCAAAUUAUAUUUGCUUUGCACUGCGUAACUGAAGACUGGAUGUAUAAGUUAUUAUAACUGUUAAUAUAUCUGAUAAGCCAGAGGUCAACAAAUCUGUUAAAUUUAGGAGCCAGUAAGAAUAUUAAGGAGCCAGACCUACUUUUAGGAGCCAGACAGUGGUUUUUUGAAUAUAGAUUUAUGAAGAAUAACCCAAAAAGUUAGGAGCCAGGGGUAAAAUUUUAGGAGCCAGUAGCUCCUGGGUUUGUCGAGCCUAAGCAGUGGGCAUAUGUAUUGUUUGCCUUAUACCUUUCUGGUGCAUAUGGUGGAAACAUACUAUAUAAAAAUGUUAUUCCUGAGUAUGAGGCCUUUAUAGAGGCGUGUGUGGGUCCCCCCCCCCCCACCUCCAAAUACCUUAUGUUGUGGAUACAGCUGCUGGAGAACGUAAAUCACAGCCUAUUGCAAGAGAGCAGAGCUCUGAUUGGCUAGAGAUAAGUCGUCAUUAUGAAUAACUAGUGUGGGACUGUAGCGUUAUAGUAAGUCUGUGCUGUUGCCUAUGUUUUCCGCCAUUUUUAAGUAGAGUGGACAUCACUGUAGAAAGUGUCUGUCCACCCUCCUUUUUUUAUUAAAUGAGGAACCAUAUUGUAAUAUUCCUCUUUAUGGGCCAGUAAAUGUAGAAAUUCUGUUAAUAAUAAAAACAAAAAUAUAUACUUCUAUAUAAACUUGAAUAGUUCUUUAGCACAUUAAGUAGUACAAACCUUCAUAUAUACCCAGACUCAGAAAAUAUACUUUAUAUCUACACACCAAGGAGAGAGAGACAUAAUGUUUUACCUAUAGUUUAGAUCUGAUACAAAAAUGCAUUGCGGUUUAGAUAAAACUCUACUAAAUAUUUUAUUGUCCAUAAACAUUUCCAAAGUGGUUUUUUUUUUUUUUAAAGGGAUUCUUUGAUUUCUAUUACUGGCCAAUAUCUGACCUCCUUUUUGCAGUCUGAGAUUGAUGUGAUCUCAUUUAGAAUAUACUUUACCUUGACUGUGGGAGUUCAGCAAAUUCAAUAAAAAUCUGAUAGCGUUUUUAUUGUUGGAAACUGUUACUUUUAUUUAUUUGGUUUUAUUGUAAAUAAAUUAUUUAAAAAGCUCUGUGAUGUUCCAGUUUACUUUUCGUGGUGUGGAGCCCAACCGCAGUCUGUGUCUCUGGCUACCUCUGGUGUCUAAAGUCACAGGGCUAUUCUCUAGAUCAGGGGUAUCAAGCUCGUUGUAUCCGGGAGGGCCACUGGCCAAGUGUUAUUCUCCCAUGGGGACCACAUGAACAGAGUGAGUGCUCUGGAACUGGAUAUAAUAGAAACUUGAAGUGACAUUUACCCAAGUAGUAGUAUAUUGUAGGAGCUGUAGUGCUCAAUAGAGUAUAAUGGGUUUCUACACUGGACAAUGUCUUUAUCUUAUGAGUGCCUAUAAGGAUCAACUUGUGACACCACUUAGAACCCUAAAAAAAUUGAUGGGGUCAAUUUAAUAGUUUACCUAAUAAACAAGGGAGGGGCAGGUUAAACUAUCUUGAGGGCCGCAUAUGGCCCCAGGGCCAGUACUUUGAGACUACUGCUCCAAUGUUUUUCUUCGUCCUCUGCUACUCCAUUCUCAGAGGUGGUAUGGAUGUGCAGGUUAGGACAAACUCCCGACGUGUACACUUCUGAAGUCUGAACCUUUAACGUAUUUAAGGGAUAUGAAACCCAAAAUUUUUCUUUCAUGAUUCAGAUAGAGAAUGCAAUUUUAAACCACUUUCUAAUUUACUUCUAUUAUCAUUUUUUGUUCUCUUCAUAUCUUUUGUUGAAAAGCAGGGAUGUAUGCUUAGGAACCAGCCCAUUUCUGUAGCACUAAAUGGCAGCAGAUUUGCAACAGUACUAGAUGACAGCACUAUUUCCUGCCAUAUAGUGCUUGAGAUGUCUACCUAGGUAUCUCUUCAACACAGAAUAUCAUGAGAGCGAAGCAAAUUUGAUAAUACUAGUGAAUUGGAAACUUUUUUAAUUUUUUUAAAAUAUGUUCUGUCUGAUCCACAGAAUAAUUUUUUGGGAUUUCAUCCUAUUUUAGCUAGCGGGCCGUGUGAUCUUCUAAGUGGCAAACUGUCUCCGGAACAAGAAAUUCUGAUGAUCAUGUUCAAUGUAAAAAUCCUGUUUCCUAACCCAUUAGACACUAGGUUUAAAUUAAUAAAGGUGUCUCUUAUAAUCAGAAAUAUUGUUUAAUAAUAAUCCACAUGGCAUUCUAGAUAUCAUGCAAUAGAUGUGAAAAUGGCUUAUUCCUCAGCGUUUUUUAGAUACCAGAGUUGGAGUAAUACAAUAGAAUGCGGCCAUGAACCUGUAAUUUGGUCAAGGAGCAACACUGUUUUUAUAUGACUUGGGUUUACAAAUGUCUAAUACAUAAUAAACUGAACACAGUGUUGAUAGUAAUAAAAAUAAAGCGAAACAAGCAUAAAACUUUAUUUAAAAUAAGUGGACAAAAAAGAUCAUGUGAUUGGCAAAAUCAUCGGUCUAUAAAGAAUCUCAUGAGAUGUAUAUGAAGCAGAGGAUACAUUUGAAUCUUGAAUAAUGGAUUAGUAUGAGUCCCUACUUGUAGAAAGAGGUUGUUAGGUUUUUUUUUUUUGGGGGGGGGGGGUUCAUGUUCCUGCUUGAUGAAGACUGCUUUCCUCAGAGUUCCUCUCUGCUUCAUGGGAUAAAUAUCUGCUGUACAUAUUAUACUGUAGGCCUUACCCAUGUCUGUUUCAUGCAAUGAAUAGCAAGUGACCACUAGUGUCUCGCUACCCUGGAUUUGACAGGCCCCUUUUAAUCCCAUGUCGGCAAACAGACAGUGAACCCAAAAAAUUUUUCUUUCAUGAUUCAGACAGAGCAUGACAUUUUUAAGCAACUUUCUAAUUUACUCCUAUUAUUUUUUCUUUGUUCUCUUGCUAUCCUUUAUCUUAAAAGCAGAAAUGUAAAUCUUAGCAGCCAGCCUAUUUUAGGUUCAGCACCAUGGAUAGUGCUUGCUUUUUUUGAGGCUUACAUUUACCCACCAAUUUGCAAGCAUAACCCAGGUUCUCAACCAAAAAUGGGCCGGCUCCUAUGCAUCACAUUCCUGCUUUUUAAAUAAAGAUGGCAAGAGAACGAAGAAAAAUGGAUAAUAGGAGUAAAUUAGAAAGUUGCUUAAAAUUGCAUGAUCUAUCUAAAUCACGAAAUUUUUUUUUUGGGUUUAGUGUCCCUUUAACCCCUUAAUGACCGGACCAUUUUUCAAUUUUCUUACCCUUAAUGACAAUGGCUAUUUUUACAUUUCUGCAGUGUUUGCGUUUAGCUGUAAUUUUCCUCUUACUCAUUUACUGUACCCACACAUAUUAUAUACCGUUUUUCUCGCCAUUAAAUGGACUUUCUAAAGAUACCAUUAUUUUCAUCAUAUCUUAUCAUUAUGAAUAACUAGUGGGACUGUAGCGUUAUAGUAAAUCUGUGCUGUUGCCUAUGUUUUCCGCCAUUUUUAAGUAGAGUGGGCAUCACUGUAGAAAGUGUCUGUCCACCCUCCUUUUUUUAUUAAAUGAGGAACCAUAUUGUAAUAUUCCUCUUUAUGGGCCAGUAAAUGUAGAAAUUCUGUUAAUAAUAAAAACAAAAAUAUAUACUUCUAUAUAAACUUGAAUAGUUCUUUAGCACAUUAAGUAGUACAAACCUUCAUAUAUACCCAGACUCAGAAAAUAUACUUUAUAUCUACACACCAAGGAGAGAGAGACAUAAUGUUUUACCGAUAGUUUAGAUCUGAUACAAAAAUGCAUUGCGGUUUAGAUAAAACUCUACUAAAUAUUUUAUUGUCCAUAAACAUUUCCAAAGUGGUUUUUUUUUUUUUUUAAAGGGAUUCUUUGAUUUCUAUUACUGGGCAAUAUCUGACCUCCUUUUUGUAGUCUGAGAUUGAUGUGAUCUCAUUUAGAAUAUACUUUACCUUGACUGUGGGAGUUCAGCAAAUUCAAUAAAAAUCUGAUAGCGUUUUUAUUAUUGGAAACUGUUACUUUUAUUUCUUUGGUUUUAUUGUAAAUAAAUUAUUUAAAAAGCUC